GCGGUGGGCCGGGCCGAGCCGCGGGAGGCAUAACAAACAUGGCGGCGGCGGCGGAGGCGGGCGGUGGUCGCGGCGCGGGGCGGCGGUGGAGACACCAACAAAUGGAACAUAAAUUAACUUAAGUCUACAUGAGGCUGGUGACACCUGAAAGAGGGGAAAGUGGAGAAGCUGUACUCUGUGUUUUCUAUCUGACCUAUUGGGAGUACAUUUUGGAGCAUGUUUGCUACUUAGAUAGGUACUAAAAUUCAGGUACAAGAGGCUGUAAACAUAAAGAGUGAAUAUGGGUGAAAAGAAGCCAGAACCUUUGGACUUUGUAAAAGAUUUUCAGGAAUAUCUCACACAGCAGACUCACCAUGUAAAUAUGAUUUCUGGAGCAGUUAGUGGAGACAAGGAAGCAGAGACUCUUCAGGGAGCUGGGACAGAAGGUGAUCAGAAUGGUCUGGAUCAUCCUUCUGUUGAAGUUUCACUGGAUGAAAACUCAGGAAUGUUAGUGGAUGGGUUUGAAAGGACAUUUGAUGGAAAGUUAAAGUGUCGAUACUGCAACUAUGCCAGCAAAGGAACAGCACGGCUUAUAGAACAUAUCAGAAUUCAUACAGGUGAGAAGCCACACAGAUGCCAUUUGUGUCCUUUUGCAUCAGCUUAUGAACGUCAUCUGGAAGCUCACAUGCGAUCGCAUACUGGUGAAAAACCAUACAAAUGUGAAUUGUGCUCCUUUCGCUGCAGUGACAGAAGCAACUUAUCUCAUCACCGCAGACGCAAACAUAAAAUGGUGCCUAUCAAGGGUACAAGGUCUUCCCUAAGCAGCAAGAAAAUGUGGGGGGUUUUGCAGAAGAAGACCAGCAAUUUGGGGUACAGCAGAAGAGCAUUAAUUAAUUUGAGUCCACCUUCCAUGGUGGUUCAGAAACCAGACUACCUUAAUGAUUUCACUCAUGAGAUCCCAAAUAUCCAGACUGAAGCAUAUGAGAGCAUGACAAAAACAACCCAGAGCAGCGGGUUGCCAAGAGAGCCGCAAGACCUUAUGGUAGAUAAUCCUUUAAACCAGCUCUCUACAUUAGCCGGACAGUUAUCUAGCUUGCCACCUGAAAACCAAAAUCCAGCCUCUCCAGAUGUUGUUUCCUGUCAAGAUGAAAAGCCUUUCAUGAUACAGCAGCCUGCUGCACCUGCAGUAGUUUCAGCUGUGUCAGCAAAUAUUCCUCAAAGUUCAUCUCCAACCAGCCCAGACCCUCGGCCUACACACAAUCAAAGGAACUAUAGUCCCGUGGCAGGUCCCAGCAGUGAUCGCAGUGCCCACACCAGUACUCCCAGCAUAAGUAACAGUCAACCAAGUACUCCAGCUCCAACCCUUCCGGUUCAGGACCCGCAGCUUCUGCAUCACUGCCAACACUGUGACAUGUACUUUGCGGACAAUAUCCUUUAUACUAUUCACAUGGGAUGUCAUGGAUUUGAAAAUCCUUUUCAGUGCAACAUAUGUGGGUGUAAGUGUAAAAAUAAGUAUGACUUUGCUUGCCAUUUUGCAAGAGGCCAACAUAGUCAACAUUGACUGAGAACAUGCUUUCAUUUAGUUUUUUAACAUAUUACAGUAUAUUUUUCAUACUUCCUGAAGGAAAGCUUGCACAUUCCCGUAUGAAUCUUCACAUUAAUCAUUUUGACAAGGGAGGCAAAUUUGUUUCUAUGUUGUCAUAAAACUUGCCAGGGAAAUUUUGUAUAAGAUGUGGUUGUUAUUUCAUAUGUAGCCUUUCAAAAAAAGCUGAGAUAGUGCUAUAAGAAUUGGAAUGCAUUCACAUGCUUUUGUUGCUGAAUUUAAGUUGCUUGCACUUAAUCCCAGUAAACAUUCUACAAAUGUAGAAGCAGAGUGUGUCCUGAGAUACAGGAUGCAAUUAUCAGACUAUUAACUAGGCAAGACAAAAUAUAUUAACCAUAAGAUAUGAAAGGUUAAUGCAGUGACACAUAUGACUACUUUGGAGAUGUACUUAUCCAUAAAAAAUUAGCUACUCCAAACUGGAAAAACAAACAGAAGCAACUUUCACAUACAAAUUCAAUUUGGUGUAAAACUUGCUUUAAUGUGAUGGAGGUUAAUAAUAAGUUUUUCCUUAAUAUAGUCUAAACUCUUCACGCCUAGGGCUCAAAUACUAAUUUAACUAUUAUUUUAAAAACUCCUCACAAAACUAGAAGAUAGCAGAUUAUUGUGAAUGAAACUCUGGCAGAAAAAAAGGAAGUUAAAAUCUUGUCAUUCACUAGUUAUACAAAAGAAAAAUAAAGUGAGACACCUUACUUUAAACUACACUUCGCAAAAUUUUACAUCAUUCUUUAUAAAAGAAGGUAAUUGUAAAACAGUCAUAAUAAAGAACUUGUAGAACUAAUAUAUAUUCCAUGAGAUUUUUAACUGCCUUAAACUAAUUUGUACAGAUACUUAAAAUUUGCACAAUUAGACUUCUGUCUUGCAGAUAGAAGUUCUAAUAGAAACAAACAAGAAGUUUACAAAUUAAGUCAUUUGUUCAGUUUCAUCCUGGGCCAAGCUACAACUGAUAGGUUGCCUGUAUGUUUGGAAGUUUUAUAAGCAGGUCUAUUGUAAACUUCAGCUAACUUGGAAGUCAGUUUGUCUUGUUCCCUCCCCCAGAUCUGCUGUUCCUCUAGUGUGCUAGAAAUAAGGGGAGGGGCUUCUGGGUUUUCUGAACUGGUCGUGUAGUAGGUAAAGAAAUGCCAGCUAACGACAUUGGAAGUCAUUGUGAUUAAUAAUUGUAGGUGGCAAAUGGUAACUGAAGAUGUACGUGAAGUCCAUUGCACAUGUUUAUUUUUUUUAUACUGUACAUCUUACUUUAGAAGCACCUAGGCUAACAGACAGGCACUUUAAACCUAGCAAAACUAAUAAAAGCUCUUAAUGUGCUACACAGGAAUUUGUAAUGUUUCAAAAAAGUGAAGAACUGUUACAUUUCCCAUUAUUUAGACAUGCACUUUUAUCUUAGUUUGUCUUAUUUGAGACAAAUUAAAGCUUCCCUUAUAUGUUCCCCUUUUACUGUCAACAAAGUAUGGCAGCAAAUAUAUUUUGUUAAAAGCAGGAAGAUUUUACUAACGUUCUGCAAGUCAGUGGUUGGAAUCUGAAUAGCAAAUGUUUGGCUUAUUCAAAUUGAUAUUGUUACGGGAGCUAAAGCUUCCUGAAGCCAAUGGAAAAACUUACAAUGACUUUGGUGUAAGGUCAACGCAGGAAAAGCCACCCUUCUGAGAAUUCUAGCUUUAGAAUUAAUUUUCAGUUUAAUGAAUUAGAAAUUUGAGAACCAAAUAUCUUUCACUGUACCUAACCUACUUACUGUUGAAUUUUCCAUGCUUAAGUAACCAGUUGAAGGAACUGGAUUCUUGGCUGCACAUAGUCUUGUAGCGGUGAGAUCAAAAAUACACGGUUGAAGUAUUUCCUAUGUAGUAAAGAUGGAUGAUAACAUACUCUCACUCCUAAAAAGAUUUUUGGUUUCAGGCCUGGUUCAAAAUCCUUUUCAGUGCAUUUGUGAAACAAUCUGAUUUUCAUUUUUAAUAAUGAUACUCUUUAUAAUUCCAAAAUAUCUCUUAGUUGCUUUAUACUUUUUAAAUUUAUUUUAUAGGCAAAACUGCAACUCUGUGUGCGUAAACAUACAGAGAGAGCCCUUUAUGUUAAUGACUAAAAGUUGACUGAACUGGAAUCCAGUAGGAAGUUACUGCUCCUGUACAGGUUUUGUAACUUGACUUUUCUAGUCAAAGAAUGUAGAAAUUACAGCUCUCUUUUGAUCACAUAUUGAUACAUUCUACAAUCUGGAUUUAGGUAGAACACAACAACAGACGUUACUGGUGAAGACUAUUACAAUUAGCAAUUUGUAGAGAUAAUUUUCCUUGCCUUUUGGUAGAUGGUGCAAACGUCUAUUCCUAGGCUCUGGCAACUCCAAGAUUCUGAAAUGGUGGAUCAUAGCAGCCAAGUACUCGUUGGUUUGCAGCUCCAGCCUUUCUCCCUCUUGGUAUCGGUAGGGAGAUGAACUCCAGUGAGUGCAAAUGUUUGAGAUUUCAUCCUUCUGAUCUAUUAGGACUUUCACUGGCAGUGCCUGCAAACAUGAUAGACUUUUCGUUUUGCAUCAGCUAAUGAUUUGGCAAUUUAGAAGAAUGACUUCUGAACCAUGAUGCCCGUGAAUGAAAUUUGAGAUAGGAGAACAGGUAGGUCACUACUAGAGGUAGCUGGUAGCAAGAGGAAGCCUGCAAGAUCUUACUGAAAACGGGCCCUCAUUUAGGAGGGGAUCCUCUGUUGCCGGAGAACACAUGUUCUUAAUAGUAGAACUCAGUAUGAAAAAGAAAAUCUAACCCCAAACCUUGCAAAUUGUUGUUUACAAGUGUUCUAAUACUGCUGACUUCAUACCGUUGUUUCUCCUUCAAAGUACCUAAGAAAAUCAGCUUGGACAUCUAUGAACUGUUGACCAAUGAUAAAAAUAAUUAUUUUUCCUUCUUUCCUUGUGCAAGCUCCUAUUUGCAGGGUGGAUUCAUAGGCAGCAGCAGGCUUUGGUAUCUGGACUGGGAUUCUUAAUUUUCUGAUGUAAUACCGUAUGCUCAGUUGUGCCAAACAGUACACUGACUGAUCUGUUUCCUUGUCUACUGAGUAGGUUUGUAAGGUGUAUUUUCCUAUUAGUUUUUCUUAAUUUUGUACAUGCUAUUUACUGUAAUUUAAAGACCAGAAUGAGUACUGGAAAAUUGUUUUAGAGUAUGAUUCUGACUAUUUCCUUGCACAGGCAGGCCUUACUCUGAAUCAGUGAGAGAUAUUUGUCAGGAAUUGUGGACUUGAGUCCUUGGUUAGUAAGACUUUUCAUAUUGAGUUCUCCAUGUGCUACGCUGCACUAACUUUUUUCUUUUUUUUUUUUAAAACCAACAAAUCCUUAUAAGGUGGUGAUUAGCAUUGUAACUUGUAUUAACAGGCAAGUUUGGGAAUGAGCUGAGAUUUUUCCAUAGCUUGACUCUGUUGUAGUUGCAAAACAUUAACUUUGUGGAUUUUUUUGUUUUUAUUGUAAUAGAUUAUUCUAUAGAUUUGUUGAAAUUUUUAACAUGCACUAUUGACAGUACUCAAUACAGACUUACUAUUAUGAGGCUGAACAUCUUAGUAGAUUAUCUCAGUUAAUACUUAAACCAACUGGGAAGCAGCUAAUAGGGAAAAAUAAUUGUUUUUUCAGAUAUAUGUUCAGAUGCAGAGGAUUUUGACAUAAAAUGCUGGUUGGCAUUUUAACACAAAACUCUGUGCUGGAAUACAUGUUCCAACAGUGUUUCCUAGCAAAACGAUCUGUUGUUACUUAUUUUGUUCCAGAAUGUUUGGGGAGUUUGCUCGUUUGGUUUUUGUUUCUUUUUGACAAAGGGAAUGUAAUUUAGAAGUCUUCACUGGCAAGUUUUCUGUUAAUUUUAAUCUACGGCAAAUGGAUGUUCUGCUGCAGGAAAUCUAUCCCCUGCUGAAACAUUUUUCAUUGAGCAAUCUUUGUGUAUGUGCUUCUAAGUACCUGCUUUGUUAAUAAUAUGUAUUUCAGUGUAAAGAGCAUAUUUUGUAUGCAAAAAUGAAACCUGUUAGAGUUGUAAAAUAAAUUUAAUUGUGUAGUGAAUGUUUUCAGAUGACAGUUAAAUCUGAAGUAACUCUGCUAUAUCUGGUGUAGUUCAUGUUGUGAAGCUUUGCUUUUGUAAGAUAGGAAUAAAAUAACACUUUCUAAUUAA